AUGAAUAAAAAAAAUGAUAUCAAUUCAAAAUUAUUUUUAAUAUUUUAUAAUUCACUUUGUAGAGACAGUUUUACUAAUGAAACUAAUCUUUAUGAACUAGGAUUAUCAAUAGGUAGCAAAUUAGUUAAUGAUUUCUGUGCAACAAACUACAUUUUAACAAAGAUUACAACUGAUAAAGAAAUUAAUGAAUUUAUAAACAAGUUCUUUAAUCAAUACUUAGAUUUAAAUGAAACAAUAAUAAUAACUGAUAAUUUUAUAGAUUUAAGUGAAUCAAUGUUAGUGACUUACGGUAAAGAAAAGGGAGUUGAUUUAUUUGCAGGAAUUCUACAAUCAAUUUUUAAAAUCAUUUACAAUGAUUCAGUUAAAUUUGUAAGAAAAAAUUACACAAUACAAAUAAUAAAAUAA